AAGCAUCCUUUCCUUGAUCUCACAUUCCGGACAAGUACCGCCGUUUUAUUCUUCUCGGUACAUAUCAGCACUUGUCCGCCGCCCGCACAUACAAACAAGUGUUUGACGAGACAUAUCAGGCCACGCGGCUACGUGAAGCAUGCGAUACGAGGCAAACAAACAGACACCCAAGCCAACCAGCGGCCAACAAUCAAGCGGCCUGCUGUCAGUCUCCGAGCUGCCGGUGCGCAUUAAGGCCCAAAACCGGUCAUUUCCGCCCGGCUCUUCUUUACGGCUCAAAGGUUUCUAUUCGCCUCACUUGGUAGCACCCAGAGAUCCGCCGUGAUCAGCUCCAGCCUCGAUUGAAGUACGCCCGAUUUUCAAGGCCAGCAAGCCGCCGCCUCAUAAAUCCCACAAACCGAGAAGAUUAUUUCAUCAUGUCAGCUAAUAGCACCUUAAAUAAGGUCGCUGCCCAAGCGGCUAACGAGACGCUCUUCCUCAACGCCCAACCAAGACCCGACCACAAUUGGAAAGUCUGCCUAGAGAACAAAAUCAUUGGUAUCACGGGCGCCAACAGAG